AUGGUGAUUAAUCUGAGCUUUAAGUAUUUGACUUUAGGUUUUAUUCUGUGGAAUAUUACUUACAGGAAUACCUUAGCAACAAAUAUAGGUGAAAAAGCUAUACAAAAUAAAGGAACAGUUUUACUUUCAUCUGAAGAUAAUUACAAGAGAAUUGUUGAUAUAGCAAGAGGUUUACAACACACAUCUCACAUUGGUAUGACUGAAGUAUUGGAUUCUAAAACAAGUUUCACAAUGAAUAAGACUGAUAACAAAGAGAAAAUAACUCAAAUUAAUCGUGAAAAUAUAAAGGAUGAUCUUGAUAAAGUAGUAAUUACAGAGGAAAAGCUAGUAAUAAAAGAAGGUUUAGUUCAAGAUUCAUUUAAGGUUUUUGCAGAUACAGCUAGAGCUGUUGGAAUUCCUGUAAACUCUUAUAUUGCAAAUAAUGAAGUUCACCCAACAAUUUAUUAUGGAAUUUUAGAUGCAAAAACACUUUUAGAUCUUUAUUACUUUGAUUUCGAUAUUCAAGAAGAUAUAGAAAGCCUACAUGGAAUAUCUACAAAUAGCUGGGUCUCUGGAUCUUUGAGGAAUUUAAUACUUAAGUCAUCACCCAUAAGUCCUUUAGGUGUUUUAUUGAUGAGUUAUGCUGAGCAAGGAGUUCAUUGGAUAUCUCCUAUUCAGGGACAAAUUAUAGAGCAAAAAUUUAAUGUUUCAGAUGAUGACUAUAUAAGUUCUAAAUCAGCAGAAUAUAUAUAUAAUCCAGUAGAUAAAGAUUUGAAGGGAAAAGAGUCGGAAAAUAAUAGUUUGGAAUUAGGGAAAGUACAAGUAGAGAAAGCUGAAGUAGAACUUAUUAAGGAGCAACUUUUAGGUAAAGAUGUGCUCUUAGGUAAUAAGGUAGAAAUACAAGGAAUAAAGAAUACAAAUACCUCGAGUCCUUCAUAUACAAAGCCAGUUCAAACUAAAAUGCAAAGAGAAAACUCAGAUUUAUUGACUAUACUAAGUGAACUUGGUUUUAACAAUGAUGCUCUUUCAAAAUAUAUAGACUCAAAGCCUUAA